UGUGCAAUCGAGGAAGCUGUAGCCAAUGAAUGCUUUGAGGAGCCAUUGUUGAGGAUGGUACGUUACAGUGGCUGAUGACAUGAAAAUUCUGGAUGACGAUCCAAAAAACUUUGGACUAUCACAUUCUCCGAGCUUGGAAUGCUUGGUCGCAUCAUUAGAGCAACAAACUGAGAAGUCUGAGACACAUUCAGCUAGGCCGCAUAGUCUUGCAGACGAGCUUCUCGGAGCGCCUGAUCCUGUGGCUGCUGACAUUCUAAGAAAGGAGCCACAACAAGAAACGUUUGUUCGCAUGAAAGUCACACCCUAUGAUCCGCCUACAGCCGAAGAAGAGGAAGUUUGCAUUGUGCUACAGCAGUGUUUGGCUCUAAGAGAAAAAUAUUUAUUUGUGGAAAAGGAUCCACCAUGGCGGAAAGGAAUGUUUUGUGCAUCAGGAUUUAAUCCAGAUCCUUUCCACUACGAACCAGAACCUCGAUCGCAGCAUGUUUUUAAAGAGAUAGAUGGUGUUAUACAUGUUUAUGCAAAUUCAGAAGCAAAGGAGGAGUUGUUUCCCGUUCCUGACGCAACUACAUUCUUUACGGACAUGCACCGAAUACUUAGACUUACAGGACUAGGAAAUGUGCGAACCUUCUGUUACCAUCGGUUACAUCUUCUGGAACAGAAAUUUAGCCUUCAUCUCAUGCUUAAUGCGGACAGAGAGUUUCUUGCUCAGAAGAGUGCCCCCCAUCGAGAUUUUUACAACGUCAGGAAGGUUGACACUCACGUGCAUCAUUCAUCUUGUAUGAACCAAAAGCAUCUUUUGCGAUUUAUCAAGUCAAAGCUGAGAAAUGAACCCGACGAGGUUGUUAUCUUUCGGGAUGGCCAAUAUCUUACUCUUAAGGAGGUCUUCGAAAGCUUGGACUUAACAGGGUACGACCUGAAUGUGGAUUUGCUUGACGUCCAUGCUGAUAAAAAUACGUUUCAUCGCUUCGACAAAUUCAAUCUUAAGUACAAUCCUUGUGGUCAAAGCCGGCUUAGAGAGAUCUUUCUGAAGCAGGACAAUCUUAUCCAGGGGCGCUUCUUGGCGGAGCUAACAAAAGAAGUUUUUCAGGAUCUUGCUGUCAGCAAGUACCAGAUGGCGGAGUACAGGAUAUCCGUAUAUGGAAGAAAGCAAAGUGAGUGGGAUCAACUGGCAAGCUGGAUUGUAAAUAACGAGCUUUACAGCGAAAACGUUGUAUGGCUUGUUCAAGUUCCUCGACUCUACAUAUUUUACAAGAUGAUGGGCAUUGUUACAUCCUUUCAAACCAUAUUGAACAAUUUGUUUCUUCCAUUAUUUGAAGUCACGAUUGAUCCUGGUUCGCAUCCGCAGCUACACAUAUUUUUGAAACAGGUGGUAGCAUUCGAUAUGGUUGACGACGAGAGUAAACCAGAGCGUCGUCCAAAUAAACAUAUGCAAACUCCUGCACAGUGGGAUAUCAACUUUAAUCCGGCCUACUCGUAUUGGGCGUACUACAUUUACGCCAACAUGUACACUUUAAACAAGCUCCGUGAGUCCAGGGGUUUGUGCACAAUUAAGUUUCGGCCUCAUUCCGGAGAGGCAGGAGAUUUGGAUCACUUGGCGUCCACGUUUUUACUGGCUCACAACAUCGCUCAUGGAAACAACCUCAGAAAAUCUCCUGGACUUCAGUAUCUUUAUUACCUCGCCCAGAUUGGUCUGGCUAUGUCUCCCUUGAGCAACAACUCUUUGUUUUUGGAUUACCACCGUAAUCCUUUUCCUAUGUUUUUCUCACGAGGUCUCAAUGUUUCCCUGUCAACGGAUGAUCCACUUCAAAUACAUCUUACUAAAGAACCACUAGUGGAGGAAUACAGCAUUGCCGCUCAGGUACGCUCUAAAGACGAUCUCAAGCUUAAGUUCUCGUUUGUGUCUCAGGUCUGGAAGCUGAGUUCCUGCGACCUGUGUGAAAUCGCAAGAAACUCCGUCUAUCAGUCGGGUUUUCCUCAUCACAUGAAGCUUCAUUGGAUUGGACACAAAUACUUCAAACGGGGAGCUGCGGGGAACGACAUCCACAAAACCAACGUACCUCAUAUCCGUGUAGAGUUUCGAUACGAGACUUGGCAAGAAGAAUUGCAAUACAUAUGUUUGGGAGGCGCCAGAAUCUCGGAAGAAAUCGAUCCAUAAGGAGAACUCGACGGCUACGAUGGCCUUGUCUUAUACCCAUUCAAAAUGGACGUACAAGACUUGUUAGAAAGAUUUCAUGGAGGUUAGGUAUCUUGAUUAAAGUAAACCGAUUAAGGCAAGUCGCUCGAUCAAUGUCGAGCGAAUGAUCUUAUAGAGGUUC